UACUGAAAGAGGAAUAGAAUAAGAAAUUACGUUUCUUCUACACAAAACAAGUUCAUUCAUAAUUGCUUAAGUUCAAAAACUGAUAUUUUGUUUCCUCAGAUUUUAACUCCACUUUUGCAAUAUACCCCGCUACUCUGAGUCAGUAACUGAAAACACUGUGUAGAACCCAUUAUUGCAUAUAUAAUAAACCGCCAUCAUUGGUUCAGUCGUCACUGUGUAAUCAGGAACUACGAAGUCGACUGCGAUAUUUUCCUACAGACAUAGUUGAAAGUAUUUCUUACGACUGUACCUGUUAUAAGUAGUAAAUACUAUUUGCGAAAAUUGAGGAUUUGAUGGAAACAACGGUGUGCUUAAGAUAUCAAAUGCUAGCAGAUGGUAAAGAAGGGGGCUGAAACGAUGACGUAAACACACAAAUAAAUGACGUAAAACGUAUUUAUGUGAUUAAUUGGAGGAAAUUACAACAAAGAGCGAAGUCGUGUCGAAAUUCUCCUCUCCAUGACGAGAUUCGGAACCUCUGCAGUUGAAAAGCUCUCUGGUGUUAAACAGAUGUUCAAGCUGCCCUUGGAAGAAGGCAAACUUCCUGUAUUUGUCUUUCCACAGUCAUUGUCAUUCUAUUUAGAUGACUCCAUUACACACAAACAGGUCCUAACACUCUAUAAUCCUUAUGAUUUUUCAAUCAGAUUCAAAGUUCUUGGCACCUCACCUCAAAAGUAUUCUGUGGAUCAUACAGAAGGCACUGUAAAAUCUAAGUGUUGUGUGGACAUAGUUGUCAAGCAUCGGCAGUUAAUUAAGUCAAAUGACGAGGUUAAAGAUAAAUUCCUUAUUCAUAUUUAUCAUCAUGGAAAAAACCGGAAAACAUUGGGAAAACGUGAGAUCUCAGCCACUCUCUAUUCAACUCGAGUUUCCCUUGGCUCCAGAUUAGAAGACAAUUUCCAGGCUUUACCAAAUGGUGGGAAAGUAGAAUUAAAGCAACGUCUUGUCACUGAUGAUCAAACCUUAACAAAAUGGCCCAGUAUGUUCCUUAUAAGUCUUAGUAUGAUUUGUAUAGCCGUCUUAAUGCUACCUAAUGAAGGCACUACCCCAGAUACUAUGGUGCCAUCCUUUCUCAGAGUUACGGUCAAUCAAAAGUGUGUGGCAGCUUAUGUUCUUGGUGCCAUCACAAUGAUUCUGUUGAAAUCAUAUUCUUAACUUUUGAAGUUCUUUUGUGUUCAAAGAAUUCAUGGAAUGCAGACAAAUUAGUUUUAGAGAAAAUAAAAAAUCCAACCUACAGCUGUAAUAUAUAACUGCGUACUUUAUAUUUAUUUGUGAAGCAAGAUAGCAACACUUCUGGCAUCAUAUCAAACUAUUCCUUAUAAAAAUUUGAUUUGAAAAUGUAAUGUCUAAAUAAACUUAUAUUUUUCAAAUUACGUUUAUACAAAAGAAAAAAAAACAAUUUAUCAAUGAUUCAAAAUUUAUCAACAAUUUUAAAUGCAAUAUGUAUCAUUUCCAGUUAAAUGCUUCAGCUUACUAUUUUCAUUGUACAGAAAUCAAAUCCUUCCAGGAUUGAUAAAAUACCAAUCCACUUGUGCCGAUGUAAAAAACUUUUUCAAUAUAUAUGCAAGGUUUUACUCUCCACCUAUGUAAUCUAUAACAUUAUUGUUUCAUGAAAGGGACAUAGGUCUUGAAGCUUGCUAAAUUAUUUACUUUAUGGAAUCAUACUGAUUUUUUUUUUUUUACCUUGUCCACUGUAAAUUUAUAACAGUUAUUUGUUCGAUAUUGUUUGUUGUGUGUCACCUCCAGCCCAUGAAAAACUGUAACUACAUUUUAUAUUCUUUCUGGUGUUAUAUGUACAAAAGUUAAUAAACUGAAUACAACAAA